AUGCGGCGGGAAGAUGACUACAUCGAAUGCAACACGCUAAAGUUCUGUCCAAAAUCUCAUCCGGAGGACUACGGAAAAACUAACUACUACACCAAUGCCAAGCGCGGAGGGCCUCCACAGCUGCCACCAUUAGUCGGCCAGCCGGCCUGGACUCAGAAAUGCGGCUGGUGGCUGGACGACCCCGAGAGCGACUUCUGCUACCUGAUGAUCCGCCAGCCCACCAAGACCUGGCAGAAGGCGCAAGACGACUGCCAACGCCUCCAAGGGAACCUGCUCAGCAUCACCGACCGCGAGGAGCAGGUCUUUGUGCAUGGUUACAGCAAGGCUCUGAUGAAAGCAUCCUCUCUGUGGUUGGGCGCCAAUGUCCCCAUCAGUAACGAAGGCAGCACGUGGGCUGACGGAGCCUCGUUCACUUACGUCCACUCGACUUCAGGUACCCCCGAUGGAAAUUGUCUCUCCUUCCUCACUGGCAACAGCAACUGGGAGUACGACUCGUGCAACAAGGAGAGAGGUUACGUCUGCAAGAAGAGAGGAAAUGUAAAAGACGCUACGCCGGCUCCUGACUCCAACAAGUGUGCUCCCGGGUGGCUCGAGCACGACUCCAACUGCUACAAGAAGGAGGUGGUGACGCCCAACGGUUGGCUUGGGGCCUGGCACCACUGCGUCUGGAUGGGCGGCGACCUGCUCUCCAUCACCUCCUCGGCCGAGGAGGACUUUGUGAAGGGCACCAUGGGCGAGGACACCCCCUUCUGGCUGGGACUCUCCAACCAGAAAUGCGACAAGUUCUGGUGUCGCUUUGAAGGCGGGAGCCAGAAUCUGACCUGGUCCGAUGGCGAGACAAUGAAUCACACCAACUGGGCCUCAAAUCAACUCGAAAGCGCCGACGUUGCAUCCUGCGCCUACGUCAACCAAGGGGGAAGGGGUGAGCCCGGCAAGUGGCGGUCUGGCUCCUGUCUUUCCUCGUUGGCCUACAUGUGCAAACGGCCGCUGAGUAAGCCUGCACGUUUGUAAUCAGGUUGACUUUGAAAAGAGAAAAGCUCAAACAGGUCU